AUGCACAGAACCUAUUCAUUAAGAUCUAGUAGAGCACCAACUGCUUCUCAAUUGCAAGCACCACCACCACCACCAUCAUCCACCAAAAGUAGAUUCUUUGGUAAAGGAUCCAUCAGUCACUCUUUCCGUAAAUCAGCAGCUGGUGCUCUUGGUCCAGAAUUGGCUAGAAAAUUGGCAAUUUUGGUCAAGAUGGAGAAGAAUUUGAUGAGAUCGACUGAAAUCACUUCAAGAGAAAGAAAGGAUGUUGCUAAGCAAUUGUCUCUCUGGGGUGAAGGUAAUGAUGAUGAUGUCAGUGAUAUCACUGAUAAAUUGGGUGUCUUGAUUUACGAAGUUGGUGAAUUGGAAGACCAAUUUAUUGACAGAUAUGAUCAAUACAGAAUUACUUUGAAAAGUAUUAGAGACAUUGAAGGAUCAGUCGAACCUUCAAGACAAAGAAAACAAAAGAUUACUGACCAAAUUGCUUACUUGAAGUACAAGGAUCCUCAAUCACCUAAAAUUAAUGUAUUGGAACAAGAAUUGGUUAGAGCUGAAGCUGAAUCUUUGGUUGCUGAAGCUCAAUUGAGUAACAUUACUAGAGAAAAGUUGAAAACUGCCUUCAACUACCAAUUUGACUCUAUUAGAGAACACGCUGAAAAAAUUGCUUUAAUUGCUGGUUACGGUAAGGCUCUUUUGGAAUUAUUGGAUGAAAGUCCAGUUACUCCAGGUGAAACUAGACCAGCUUAUGAUGGUUAUGAAGCUUCUAAGCAAAUUAUCAUUGAUGCUGAAAAUGCUUUGGCUUCUUGGACUUUUGACUCUGCUGUUGUUCGUCCAACUUUGUCUUUGGCUGCCCAUGACGACGAAGCUUACCAUGAUGAUGAAUUGGCUGAUGAGACUGAAAACUUGAGAAUUGCUGAACAAGAUUUCGAUCAAGGUCAAGCCGCAGUUGCCGAUCAUGCUUAG